GCGCUGCCCGGGUUGCAUGGCUCUGUGUGGAGCCGCGUUCCGCGGGCGCCGAGGCGGAGGGGCUCCGCUGCGCGCCGCGCCUCGCUCCGGCCCAGCGGCGCGCUGCCCGCCCGCCCGCCGGCCCCGCCGAGGUCACUAUCACAUGACAAAGGCUUUGAGACAGCUUCAUCUUCGUCUGUCUGUAAUUUCCAUUUGCCUUCCUGGGUCACAGUAAUGAAAGGCAGUAGUAGGAAUAAGGAUCAUUCGACAGAAGGAGAAGGAACUGGGAAGCGACCAAAAAGAAAGUGUCUUCAGUGGCAUCCCCUGCUUGCCAAGAAACUCCUUGACUUCUCUGAAGAGGAGGAAGAAGAGGAAGACGACGAAGAUAUUGAUAAGGUACCGCUCCUUGGCGCUGAUGGUUUAGAGCAGGAUGCUGAUGAAACCGAAGAUGACGAGUCCUCAGAACAACGAGCUCGCCGACCAAUGAAUGCAUUUCUCUUGUUCUGCAAACGCCAUCGCUCUCUCGUGCGAAAAGAACACCCUCGCCUCGAUAAUCGUGGCGCGACCAAGAUCUUGGCGGAUUGGUGGGCUGUUCUAGAUCCAAAAGAAAAGCAGAAAUACACUGACAUGGCCAAGGAGUACAAAGAUGCAUUUAUGAAAGCGAAUCCAGGCUACAAGUGGUGCCCUACAACAAACAAACCUGUAAAAACUCAGACAUCUGCUGUAACAAACAGGAAAAAGUUAUGGGCCUUUGCAUCAGACGCCGCAAAAGACUUGCCAAGCCCAAGAAAAGCAACAAAAAGUGAAGAAAUGCCACAGCUGAACUUUGGAAUGGCAGAUCCUACACAAAUGGGAGGUCUCAGCAUGCUGCUUCUCGCAGGGGAACACGCCCUCACGGCUCAAGAGGUUUCCUCAGGUACUUGCCCGACUGAUGCAACUAAUUCUACAGAAGCCUGUCAGAAGUCAUCAUUGUUUCAGUUCGCAGAGAUCUCUUCGAGCACACCUGGAGCCGUAAAACAAACUGAGGAGUCAGCAUUGUUCCAGUUUGCUGAGAUUUCUUCACGUACAUCCCAUUCAGGUCCUUCUGAUUUAACAAAACAGUGUGGAACAUCAGCAUUAUUUCAGCUGGCAGAGAUGUGCCUUGCUUCAGAAGGAGUAAAAGUGAAAGAACCUGGGAAAACAAAAGUGGAAGCACCGGAAGAUGUGGGAGGGGAAGUUCCAGAAGAAAUGGAAGUAGAAGAACUGGAGAAAACAACAACAGAAGACUCCUGUAAAGGAAAAGUAGAACAAUCAGAGAUGGAGAAAAUGCAAAACCGGGAUGAGACAAAAGCUGAGGAAUCAGAAACUGCCAAAUGCAGAGAUUUUACUAGUCUUGCAAUGGAGAGCAGUCCUUUUGAGAGAAAUGAUAACACAAAGGAUCACAUGUGCUGUUCUCCAGAGCUUUCAAUGGCUGACAUGAAUAUCCUUGGGCUAAAGCCAGAAAAGAUCAAGAAGAAAAAGAAAAAAAGUAAGCUGGACCGGCACACAAAUGAAAAAUCCACCCCCAAGAAACAAAAGAGGCAGUCCUCAGAGUCAGACAUUGAAAGUGUAAUGUAUACAAUUGAAGCCGUUGCAAAGGGGGACUGGGGUGCUGAGAGACUCGCAGAAGCUCCCCGCAAAAAAAACCGCCCUGUCUCAAAUGUGAAGGGAAGCGUGUUGGAUACAAAAUCACCAAAGAAAAAAGUGAAAUCAAAAGAGAAGAAAACAUCAAAGGAGAAACCCACGGAGACCACCAAAGAAUCAAAGCCUCCUGAUUUCCUUACUAUUGCAGCCAGCAAGGAAGUACCAUGUGAGGCUUCUGAUAACAUUAAAGUGGAACCACUGACCCCAACAGAGGAGGUGGUACCCCAAAGCUUACCAGGACAGGUCAAAACUGAGGACAAUGACUGUGUUAAAAAGAUAGAAACCUGUGGCUCCAGGAAAUCGGAGAGAUCUUGCAAAGGUGCUCUUUAUAAAACUCUGGUGUCAGAGGGCAUGCUUACAUCUCUGCGCGCUAACGUGGACAGAGGAAAAAGAAGCUCAGGAAAAGGCAACUCCUCAGAUCAUGAAGGAUGCUGGAAUGAGGAAAACUGGGCUUUUUCCCAAAGUGGGACAAGUGGGAACAAAAAACUGAAAAAGCCUAAGCCAAAGGAAGAGUUUGUUUUCGGCUUAGCAAAGUUGGAAGAAGAAUUUGAAAAGAAAUUCAACAGCCUUCCUCAAUACAGUCCUAUUACCUUUGACAGGAAAAAUUCAGCUGUUCCGAGGAAAAAGAGAAAGGUUGGAAGCGGCUCAUCCGAACAACCAAAAUCCAACAAAGGUUCAUUCCAGUCUCAGAAAAAGACCCUAUUCCACAAAAUUGUCAGCAAAUGUAAGCACAGAAAGGAGAAGCUUAAUGUUCCGGACACAGCCAUACUCUUAGAAGACAGAAAUUCCAGUGAGUCUGCCUGGAAGAAUAAAAUUUCUAUAUCUGCCCUAAACACUCCAGAGCCAGCAAUGAUGCAUGAGCCUUUAGUUGGCAGCCAGAAAAGGAAAGCAAGGAAAACCAAGAUCACGCAUCUUGUCCGAACAGCAGAUGGUGGAGUGUCACCAGCGGGAGGGACACUGGAGGAGAAGCCAAAAGAGCUGCCACAAAGUACUCUUCAAAAAACAUCAAGUGCAGAAACAGAUUGCAACAGUGAAUGCUCCAGAAAUGCAGAGACAGAAGAAAAUCAUAGUAUUACAUCAGAUAUGCCAGCGGUGUCUGCAUUUUUUAGCUUAGCUGCACUGGCAGAAGUAGCAGCCAUGGAAAACGUACACAGAAGUCAGAGGGCCACACCUCUCCCACAUGACGGACAGCCAAAUGAAAUGUCUCAGGCUCCAGUGCUUAUUUCCUGCGCUGACCAGUGAAGCUCCACUUUAUUGUAAAACAUUGUGCUUUACCUAAUAUCCUAGCCUUGUCUUUACCAAGGGAAGCUAGUCAGUCCAUAUGAUGGAAACUAUAGACUGCAAGCAAGUGCUUAUUGUUCUGAGUGGCCCAGAAUUCACUGGAAGCCAGAUGUUAGCAACUUGGGCCAGGUCCUCAAAUCGGAACCCAGUAUGUAGGAGGGUGAUAUUAAUUGUCUAUUAAUGAACAGAAAUGGAAUGAUCCCAGAGCUUGCUUUCUAUUGAAGGCUUUUAAACAGUAAAUAGGUGGUUGGUGUGAAAAAGGCUGCCUUUACUGUUAGCUCACACAGCAUCUCUUUUACCAACCAGAGAGUACGGCAACUAGUUUCAUAUAAUACCUAGUUAUUCUAAAUGAAAAUGAAAAAAAAAAAAAAAAACCAACAACAA